UUUAGCUAGCGUAACGUAGCUUGCGUUAGCUUUAAGCUAGUGUGAUAAAGUGAGUUGAAGGUAGGAGAUUGUUGCUGCUGUUUUUAGAGAGUUCGUCUCAGGUUUUAACAACCAGAAGACGAGUGAAGAAGUGGAUACUGUUGCCGAGUACCUGGACACGGUUGUCAUCUCCCACAUGUUGGCACAUGUCUCACAUGUUGGCCUCAAACUUGAGUAGAAAUAACCAGAGUUCAAACCGAAUGGCUGAGGGCUCCUCAGACCCACCUGACCUCAAUCCAGAUGAGGCGUCGCACCAAAAACAAUAUCCGCACAAAUCCAGAAGAGGCCGGUCCAGAUACACCAAUGACAGAAACCUGAAUAGUUAUGAUCCUCCUCAACAAUACGGACACGUUCAUCAGGGCUUUAAACCCCCAUUUAGCCACGAUAAUUCAGAUUAUGCAUCGCAUCAGCAGCCUCACUACCAGGGAGAGGAUGGAGCCAGGAGGCGAGGCAGAGGUAGAGGGAGGAGAGAUGGAAAUAGAGGUGUAAAUGGCUCCAGUUGCCAAAGAGCCGGAGGUGACUUUGGCCCAUAUAGUGCUAACAACAGGGGUGCCGGAGGUUUUCAUUCUCGGGCACAUCUCAUGGAUGAUGGACCUGAUGGACGCAGCUGGCGAAGAGAAGAUGCAGGUGGGAUUCUUGAACAAACCAGCGAGGACCCAGAUGCCGGGGCUAAAAGAGCCAGGAAGUUUAGCCAGGAGCAGUGGAGAGGACCACUAACUGAAAAGAGUACUCGCUUAAAAGAGAAGAACGCUGCAGGAGAAGGUCAGAGAUCAAACGACGCCAAACGAGAAAACCCCUCUUUAGACAUCAGGGAAAGAAGUCAGAGGAGCAGGACAGGUCCAGACUAUCAACACGAUGAUCAUCAGAGGAAACAUGCCGAGGUAAAACGACGUCAGGGGCCAAUUAAACCGCCCAAAUUACCACCUCAAGAGGAAACUCGCUCAGAGAGGGGGGCCAGUGUCCAGGAUGACUCUGACUAUGGCAGAUCCUCUCAGGAUGCUGCCUGUAAAGCUGGACGUGGCUCAGGACGACACACACCCCUUCAGGCCAGAGGAGGGAGAAGAACAACGCAUCAUCAGAACCCCAGGCCAGGCCAGAGGAGCUGGGACAAGGUGCCAGAGAGCAAGGAGACGCAGACAGGGUGUCUGAUCGAACAGCUGUCUGAGGAGAAGUAUGAGUGCAUGGUUUGCUGUGACGUCAUCCGCUGCAUGGCCCCGGUGUGGAGCUGCCUGAGCUGCUUCCACGUCUUCCACCUGAACUGCAUCAAGAAGUGGGCUCGAUCCCCGGCCUCCCAGGCAGACGAAUCGGCUGAAGGUUGGCGUUGUCCGGCCUGCCAGAAUGUUGCACCGAAACAACCGACCUCCUACACCUGCUUCUGUGGUAAAGUGACAAACCCAGAGUGGCAGCGCACUGAGAUCCCCCACAGCUGUGGUGACAUGUGUGGGAAGAAAAGAAGCGGAGCGGACUGCAACCACCCCUGUAACAUCUUAUGUCACCCUGGACCUUGUCCACAAUGUCCCGCCUUCAUAACGAAAUCCUGUAUCUGUGGGAAGACCAGUCAACCAAUGCGCUGUGGCCAGGGUGCAGCGCUCCGGUGUAACGCGGCGUGUGCUGCCUUACUCAACUGUGCCAAACACACCUGCACCCAGGUGUGCCACAGUGGGGCGUGUCAACCCUGCCAGCUGCAAGUUCAGCAGGGGUGCUACUGUGGCGUCACCGCUCGUGAAGUCCUGUGCGGCACAGAUAAAGACGGAUUCGAUGGUUCGGGACAUUUCUCCUGUCAAAAAUUAUGCGGGAAGAUGCUGAACUGCGAAACUCACCGGUGCCAGCUGGAGUGCCACCGCGGCCCGUGCCAGCCGUGUCCCCGCUCCCCGAGCCUGGUGAAGACGUGUGCCUGCAGUCAGACGCUGCUGGCCAAGCUCCUGGAGCUGGGCUACUCUGAGCGCCGGAGCUGCUCUGAUGCCAUCCCCUCCUGUGGGAAGACCUGCAACAAGCCCCUGGCCUGUGGCUCCAGCGACACCAUCCAUCUGUGUGAGAAGAUGUGCCAUGAGGACAGCUGUGGUCCCUGCUGCCUGACCUCCACUAUCCGAUGCAGAUGUGGCUCCAAGACCAAGGAGGUCCCAUGUGCAACGAUCCAAAAAGAAGAAGAGCUCGUUUUCACUUGUGAGAAGCGCUGCAACAAGAAACGCUCCUGCGGCCGACACAAGUGCGGCGAGCUGUGUUGUGUGAACGUGGAGCACAAGUGUCCUCUGAUCUGCGGCUACAAGCUCAACUGUGGCCUCCACCGCUGCCAGGAUUCUUGCCACCGUGGAAACUGUGAGCCCUGCUGGCAGUCCAGUUUUGAUGAGCUGGCGUGUCACUGUGGACUCACUGUCUUGUACCCGCCAAUCCCCUGUGGCACAAAGCCACCAGAGUGCAAAAGCAUGUGCACGAGAAGACACGAGUGCGACCACCCAGUGUUCCACAACUGCCACAGUGAAGACAAGUGUCCGCCUUGCACGUACCUCACUCAGAAAUGGUGCAUGGGAAAGCACGAGCAACGCAGCAACAUCGCAUGUCAUCUGCAAGACAUCUCCUGCGGCCUGACGUGUAACAAAACGCUGCCGUGUGAGAUGCACCGCUGCCGACGGAUCUGCCACCGAAGCGAGUGUUUGGGGGGAGGCAGCUGCCUGCAGCCGUGCGCACUGCCGCGUCCAGACUGUGGCCACCCGUGCUUCGCUCCCUGUCACAAAGGCAGCAGCUGCCCACGCACCACCUGCAGCGCCAAGGUCGCUCUACAAUGCGACUGCGGUCGAAGAAAGGAAACGGUGGCCUGCACAGAGGCAACCACUUCAUACCAGAGGUAUGCAGCCAUCGCCAUGGCCAGUAAACUGUCUGACAUGCAGCUCGGCGAGUCGAUGGACAUCGGCCCGCUCCUCACUAAGAAGGAGCUCAAGCAGACCAGGCUUGACUGUGAUCAAGAGUGCGCUACCUUGGAGAGAAACAGGCGCUUGGCGGAGGCGUUGCAGAUCGACUUAUCUUCUGACCCCUUCAACGCCCGCUCUAGUUCUGUAUACAGCGACAGCCUCAAAGACGAUGCCAGGAAAGACCUGAAAUUUGUCACCGAGGUAGAAGAGGAGAUCAAGAAUCUUGUUGAGCUUGCUAAUAAGGGAAAACAGCCGAAGAGGAGCCACUGUUUCCCCCCCAUGAACAGAGAGCACCGCAAGAUCAUCCACGAGCUGGCCGAGGUUUACACCGUGGAGAGCGUGAGCUACGACAGCGAGCCCAAACGCAACGUGGUCAUCACAGCCCAAAAGGGGAAGUCCGCCUGUCCAAACUCAACCCUGACAUCACUGAUAGAGAGAGAGACGUUUGCGAGGGCCCCUCCCCCCAUCGCUCACAUCAAACAGCACAGCAGCAAGGCCGCCAGCGGAGGCACCUGGUCGAAGAUGGUUAAAGAAGAGCCUGUGAUAGAUUAUUUUGAUGUCCAGGACUGAAAUGAGGCCAAAAUAUUAAUAAGAAGAAACCUCAGGAUCUACUCAUGAACAUCAAUCUGCCAAAACGUCUGAAUCACCUUAUUUCAUUUGUGGCUUCAUAAUCAAAUAGUUAAGUUUGGGAACACCCGCUUGUUUUAUCUUGGAGGAGGAGGAGGAGUUGAAUUUCGAUAUUAAUUAAAGUUGAUUGGGCUCUGCACGGAUCAUUUUGAAAAGCUUCUGAGUGUUUUUUUGCCUCCUUUGUGUGCAGCCAGUUCCUGAACCCAACUUAAUAAAAAGUAAAUUCUUCCUUA